AUGGGUGGCAAGGCCGCUCUGCUGCUGGCCCUGGUGGCCGUGAGCCUGGCCGUGGAGAUCCAGGCCAACGCCGGCUACGGCUACGGCGGCGGCUACCCGACGCCGACCACCCCGGCGCCGAAGCCCGAGAAGCCCCCCACCAAGGGGCCCAAGCCGGAGAAACCGCCCAAGGAGCACGGCCACAAGCCGGAGAAGCCUCCCAAGGAGCACAAGCCGCCCAAGGAGCACAAGCCGACUCCACCCACCUACACCCCGAGCCACAAGCCCACGCCGCCGGCUACUCCCAAGCCGACGCCGCCCACGUACACUCCCACCCCGUCACCCCCCAAGCCGUCUCCGCCCAAGCCCACGCCGCCGACCUACACCCCGACCCCGACGAAGCCCACACCAAAACCCACUCCGCCGACCUACACCCCCAGCCCCAAGCCACCGGCUACCAAGCCGCCAACCUAUCCGAAACCGAAGCCGACCCCACCGGUGUACACCCCUACCCCCAAGCCACCGGCUACCAAGCCUCCGACGCCCAAGCCGACCCCGCCGGUGUACACUCCGAGCCCCAAGCCACCGGUCACCAAGCCCCCAACGUACCCGACACCCAAGCCGACCCCGCCGACGUACACUCCCACACCGAAGCCACCGGCUACCAAGCCGCCCACCUACACUCCAACGCCGCCGGCGUACAAGCCCCCGACCACCACUCCGCCGGCGUACAAGCCGCCGACCUACACGCCGAAGCCCAAGCCGACGCCGCCAACCUACAAGCCGGCACCCAAGCCGACGCCGCCAGCGUACAAGCCCCCGACCCCUACUCCACCGGCGUACAAGCCGCCGACCCCUACCCCGCCGGCGUACAAGCAGCCGCCGGUGUCUCACACCCCCGGCCCGCCGCCGCCUUACUACUAG